AUGUGUCCAAUGAAUGAGACGUUCAAGAAUCUGCCACCUUCUUCUUUAGCACUUCUUGACAAGCUUUUAUCUGUAGAACCAGAGAUAAGAUGCUCAGCUUCUCCAACUCUAAUUAGUGAGAUGGUCGUGCAGAAGAUCUUCACGGCCUAUUUACCAAUAGAGUUCGUGUACAGAGGCCUCCUGAGUACUUGGAAAGAUUAA